CGCUGAUGGUUGGAGGAGAUGCUCCUCUGGUAAAUAAAAAGCUGCUGUUUCGGACCAAUUUGUCUCAGUUGAGCGGACUUUGAGAACCAACACCUGACUAUUGCAGAUUGCUCCUGGGCCAAGAAGUUGCUUAUUCAAAAGAACGUUUGGAACUAGCUCAAGCACAGUUGUUCUUCUAACAGCCAUGGAGGGUUUCUUGGAAGUCGUCUUCUUCUCUGUACUUUUAACUUCAGGUACUUCUUUGAAAUGUGAAACUUGCAUUGAUGUCGGCCAAGGCUGUUCUGGCAGCCAGAUGAUUUGUCCGGCUGGCUAUGAUACCUGUGCUAUAGCUUUGAUGGAAACUUCAACGGGUUUCGUAAAAGUUGCAGUUACAGUGAAGGGAUGUGCUUCUUCUAACAGUUGCAAAAAUGGACCAUUAUAUGGAAGUUUUGGGCAAGCAAAAGUGCGGGGAAGUGUUGUCUGUUGCUCUGAGUUCGCCUGUGCACUGGCAUCUCCUCAAUUGCCACCAAUAAACACCACAGUUAACGGGAAGCAAUGCCCAGCCUGCUAUUCUCUCGGAAGUUCAUGUGUUACAGAGGUGGAGUAUUGUACAGGUUCCGAGGACUACUGCAUUGAUGCCGUGACACAUGUGGAUGGUGGUACCGUUGCUAUGAAAACCACCAUGAAGGGCUGUGUUUCUGAGCUGAUCUGUUCUGGAUUAAAAGCUGGUACUACUGCCUUAGGGAGAUUUACAAAAGGUCAUUGUCGUACAGCCAGCAAUGGGUCUUCAGCAUCUGGACACAUCCUUCUGGUUCUCCUUGGGCUCCUGGCAGCGAAGGACUUCUUUUAGUGUCCCUCUUCUAUCAGUAUCUCACGACAGGGAAUCCUACAGCAUCU